CCCCGUGGGUUUGCGACGUUUAGCGACUGUGGCGCCUGCGCGCGCUGGGCCGGCGGGGCUGGGGCCGUGGCGGCUCGUGCCGGGUGAUGCUAGGCGUAUCCCUGGGCGCCAGGCUGUUGCGGGACGUGGGUGGCAGGCGCGGGCAGUUCGGGGCGCGAGGUGUCAGCGAAGGUGGCUCAGCCAUGGCGGCAGGGGAGAGCAUGGCUCAGCGGAUGGUCUGGGUGGACCUGGAGAUGACAGGAUUGGACAUUGAGAAGGAUCAGAUUAUUGAGAUGGCCUGUCUGAUAACUGACUCCGACCUUAACAUUUUGGCUGAAGGCCCCAACCUGAUUAUCAAACAGCCGGAUGAGUUGCUGGACAGCAUGUCAGAUUGGUGCAAGGAGCAUCAUGGGAAGUCUGGUCUUACCAAGGCAGUGAAGGAGAGUACAAUUACAUUGCAGCAGGCAGAGUAUGAAUUUCUGUCCUUUGUACGACAGCAGACUCCUCCGGGGCUCUGUCCGCUUGCAGGGAACUCAGUUCAUGCAGAUAAGAAGUUUCUUGACAAACACAUGCCCCAGUUCAUGAAACAUCUUCAUUAUAGGAUAAUUGAUGUGAGCACUGUUAAAGAGCUGUGCAGACGCUGGUAUCCAGAAGAUUAUGAAUUUGCACCGAAGAAGGCUGCUUCUCACAGGACAUGAAGAUGAGACUUCAGUGCGGCCCCCAGAUGUCUUUGUCCCUCUUUUCAAUAUGUCUGCAUCAAAUACAUCUACCUUUGAUGCUUCCUGCUUAUUCAUUUGGCUGUUUUAAUUGAUGGUUGAGUGGCUGAACUUGGCUUCUUGGGGUAUAGACUGUGACCCCAACUUCAGUAACAGAGUUUAGAGAAAAAAGGCACAUUAGGGCUAGUUAACCGUUUUAAGCAAGACACAAUGGCCAGUUGCAGCUGAUAUUAGAUCACUGUCUAAUGAUUGAGCUGUGACUUCCCAAUUCAUGGAAACAUGGUGCUUAGAACUUCUAGGAGGAUUGAAUUCUGUUUGAUAAAGUAGAGAUGACAUGAACAAAUUCAAGAGAAAAGAUAUCACUGCUGCUGUAAUUUGUUAUUCAUUGUACUGUACAUUCAACACUAAAUUAUAUCAUGAGAACUAGAACUUGUCAGCUAAUGAAGCCUUGGAAUCAUGUCUGUUUUAUACCCAAUGCCACCAAUAAGCAUAAUGCUUGUGGGAUGAGUAAUUAAAAAAAAGUAUAAUCUGACUUUUCAGACCAACUUCCACCUCUACCCACUCAAAUUUCCUAUUUUCUAAGAAUGUACAAUAGCAUGUCUAGUAGGGCAACAUGUCAAAGUCCUUCCCACCCCAAGACUCACUCAGUUUUUCUAAAUUUUAGAUGAAUUUCAUAAUGCAUUAGUUACCAUAUGUGUUCUUGAAAGGGUUAGACUAACUUUGUAACCUGUAUGUCUUCUAAAGCCUAUAGUUUUGAGUUUUAGGUCCAGGUUAAGCUAAAGCCUCUUAGUACCUUUCCAGAGAAUGGAAAAAUGUGACCCUAUCUGUGAGGAUAGAUAGCAAAAAAAAAAAAAAAAAAAAAAAAAGGCAAGCAAGCAAUGACCUUCACUCAGCAAAAAGAAGGACCAGACCCUUGUCUUUGAGAUAGUGUUUCUUAGCAAAGAACCCAGUCUUCUUCCAAGUAGCUUUUGACCUCCAGCCAAGAGCCCGCAGCCCUAAGCUUCAAGGAUGAGCUAACAACCCCUACCUUUAAUUGCAGCUGCAUCCACACUUGGCAGGACUGGCCAAGCUUGAGCACCUAAGACUAAUCAAUUAUCUUACUAUAUAGCUUCCUCAUCCAAUCCUAAAUUGCCAAAACUGCAACUUCAAAUCUCCUGCAAUUUUUCUUUUAAAAACCUAAAGGCCUUUGUCUCCAGGUGCCACUCUUUGCUGACCGGCAGGGGUGACCCCAUUGUGCAAUGGUUAAUAAACCUCUUGCUUUUGCAAUGAGUCUUGGUCUGGGGGAGUUUCUGGGAAGGGCGCGAUCUUGAACUCCUGAGCUGUGAGACCCCAGGUCUUACAUUCUGACUCAUGUUCUUCUACCUAGAGAGUAGAAUACACAGAAUUUUACCAAUCCUGAGAAAAAGAUCAUUGCAGUUUUAGGGCAUGCAGUUUUAGAUUUCAAAACUGUGUUUAUUAAAUUUUUGUUUUUCUGUUCAUUUAUGAAUGUAAACAUAUUGAACACUUAUCCCAUAUGUGUCCAGAAGAUGAAGUAAACCAACAAAGUGGCUGAAGAAACUGUUUAAGAGAGCUGGUUUCCGCCUUCCACCUUCCCGAUGGUGAGUGCUCUCUGUCACGAACAACUCCACAUUUGGCUAAGGCCGAGGAUCUGGCUUGCUUCCAUGUAUGUGGACCUAUCUGCAUUGCCCCCGUGGCACGCCUGGGUUGGCUACCCAGAGGCUAUUUAAGCUGUGGGCUGGCUUUCCCCGGGGUCCGAGGAUUGUUCAAUGUUCCUGAAUAAACUGCAUUGAAGAAAAUAAAACAAAAUCACAAAAAAAAAGAAGUAUAUUCAUACCCAGACACAUAAAACAAAAGCAAGUAAGUCUCAGAAGAGAAAAAAAAAACCCA